CAAAUACGUACGGCAUGCACUGGUCUGGCGGAGCAAUCUACAACGUAACGGGGCAAAUAGGCAAGGGAGCCUUUGCAACGGUCUACAAACUCGCUACAAAGCAGCAUGGUUCUGUGUAUGCAGCUAAAGAACUCGACAAGCGCCGCUGGAUGAAAAAUGGCAUACUCGACAAGAAGGUUGACAAUGAAAUGAAGAUUAUGAAAGAUCUGAAACACCCCAAUAUCGUCCAAUACGUCGACCAUCACGAACACGACAGAUGGAUAUACAUCAUCAUGGAGUACGUUCCCGGUGGAGAGCUGUCCACAUACUUGCAGUCGCAUGGCAGGAUCGCAGAGCCCCAGGUUAGGACUAUGGCGCGACAAAUCUUGCAUGCACUCCACUAUCUACAUAAACGGAAGAUCACGCAUCGGGAUAUCAAGCCAGACAAUAUCUUGAUCUCGUCUCUUGAUCCCCUACGGGUGAAAUUGUCGGACUUUGGUCUUUCAAAAGUAGUCCAGGAAGAGACUUUUCUGAGGACGUUCUGUGGAACUUUGCUGUACUGCGCCCCGGAAGUCUAUCCCGAGUAUGACACUUACCGGCGUGGUGAGGUUCGGAAACGGCGCAGGCUGGGUGAUCCACCUCCAAAAACGUCCCCUUACGAUCAAUCCGUUGACAUGUGGUCGCUUGGGGCCGUUCUAUUUCACCUUCUUUCGGGAGUCCCUCCUUUCGCUCCUCGAGGAGAUGAUCGUGGUGCUCAGAUGCUGCGAAUCAUCAUGACUGAGGAUGCCGAUUAUAGUGAACUUCGCAAGGCAGGCGUCUCUGAGGAUGGGAUAGACUUGGUCGCUCGACUCCUGAAUCGUGACCCCCAGUCUCGCCCGAACGAACGAGAAUGUUUUAGGCACCCGUGGAUUGCAGGAGUUGCGGACAUUGACGAAUAUGAUGACGAGGACUUGUUUUUGGGUGUCCCAGAUGAGCUUUCUGAUAUAGGCGAGGAUGUCGAGGACGAAAUAGACGCCUCCCAACUGUCUUUGAAUGAUAAGCCGGCAGCAGAAGUCGCGGCUGAGGAGGAGGACGAACUGGCCCAGGCCAAGAAAAUCAAGCUUGAAUAUCCCCCGGAGGAAAUUCGUUAUCCGUCGCUGCCCAGUCUCGACAGUUUCCAGGCUGUUCAACCAAUUUCCCAGUCGACUCCUAAACGACUUUUUGGUGAGAUUACGCCAUCGAUACUUCGAAGUUCUCACGCGUUGGGCGACAAAAUUGAUGCAUUUGAGGGGGACGACUUUGGCCUCCAUGACUUCGUUUCUUCCACUGGUGAGUCGAUUAUCAGCGACGGCAACAGCCUGAACUCCAUCCUCUCCCUGCCGGAAAACCCCGUCGCCGGGUCUGCACCUAGCUUAAUGGGAGCUGAGAACCUUGUUGGGCAGCUGAACAUGAACUCGUCGCACCCUGGCUUGAACAACAUUCCCCGUCACGUCGAGGCGCCGGGGCCGCAAACUAGCAUGGCCGCGGAAGUCCCGAAGGACAAGGCCCCAGAAGUACCCCCGCAGACCACUAUCGAUGAUGAAACCCCCAAGGCUUCAAAAUUUAGCCGGCGGAUUGAGCUCCCUAUACCUGAUACUGCCAGUGAGCGUUCGAGUCCUGAAGCGACAACGGGGAAGACCAACGACAGGUGUGCUGAGCCCGAUGCUGCCCCUGAAGAGGUCUUCGACAUUGAGUUGGCGAAUACUAUCGAUGCCAAAACCGGACUGCGACUUCCUGACUUGCCGAAAAGGGAAGACAAUCAGCCUUCCCCACAGCCUGCAUCCGACCAGACACCAAGCCCAAUCCUCAAUAUCGCGGCGCAGCCUAGCAAAACAUGCCCCCUCCUUGGAAAGCUGACCACUCUCCCAGGGUCCAUCUUUGAGCUCACAAUCCCGUUGGAAGCUCGGAUGACAUCCUGGGGCCGCGGCCCCCAAGCAACCAUAUGCUAUCCCGAGCCGAUGGAUACGCGGAUACCUGCGUAUGCAUUGGAGGUUACCUUCUGGGCUCCAGCCAUCGAAUCCAAGAUUGCCGCUGGACACGAUUGGAUGACUGUCCCCGGCGUGAUGGCUAUUCUCUCAACCAAAACCCGAAAGUGUAUCUGGGUCAAUGGAACUGAGCUGCGACGCGGGCCCGAGAAUGACAAUGGUGGGGAGGGCUUCCAUUUCGGUAAACUGUAUACCGGCGAUGUCAUUACCGUCUAUCAGCAUCGGAACAAGUUUUUAAAGUUCGCGUGCGAAUUCUACCAUGGAGACAGUGCGCGCUCGCGUCCCGAUGAGGAGAAAGGCUUCACCGUGCGCAAAGUCCUGAUGCCCAAGGAGAAGGCUGCCAACCGACAACCUAUGCGGAAAACACCGCAUGGGAAGAAGUAGGUGUCGAUAUGGUGGCAGUUGGUUCGCUGACUCAGUUGAAGGUGGCUAUGAGGUAUGGUGUAAGGUCCCUGGUGUGGAAUGGAGUUGUAUGUAUCUCUUAUGUAUGGGUUGCAUCUUCGUUUGGUCUUGGGGGUACAAAUGGGGUGACUCAGUAAUGAUUUUGGCGUUGGUUGCAUAUACCUAAUGAUCUGGAUAAGGUAGGGGCAGGAGGAGGACCAAAAAAGGAAAAAAAGACUACUCUCGUCAAUGCAUGUACGAUCAUCAAUUGCAUGGAUAUUUAUCAAUGAAUACCAACCACAAUUUUCUACUCGCU